UCCGAGAGCCUGAUGGGUUUUCGCUGUGUUUUCAUGCUUCAUUUGAUACUUUUCAUUUUUUUUUUCCUUCUUGCUCUUCAUGUUGAUUAAUUAGUUGGCUCAUACAUGAACCUGACCAAGAUAAGGGGUGGGUUUUCAAUGAAGCUUUUGAUAGAUACUCUCUGUCCUUAACUUCCUGAACUAAUGAUAUCUUAUAUCCCCAAUAAUCAUGUUAUUUUUUCCAUUAUAGAAAUGGAGGUUGGAAACAAGGAAGAUCAAGUCACUGUUAUCACCCCUAAGGAAGUUCCUGUGAUCCCAGUUCAGGAAACUUCAGCUACUAAAGACCACAUCAUUGCUAUUCCGAUUGAAGAAUUGGGUGAUGAUAUCAAUGAAGCUGCAAAAGAUAAUGAGAAGCCUGCUGAAACUAAGAAAGACAUGGAUGAUGACUGCUGUCGCUUCUGUCAUCAGGAUGGAUUGGAGGAGAGGCUUGAAGAGCCCUGCGGUUGCAUUGGCAGUGUGAAGUUUGCUCACAGGAAAUGCGUUGCUCAGUGGUGCAACACCAAGCGUGACACAACAUGUGAGAUCUGCAAGCAGCCAUACCAACCAAACUAUGCUGUGACCACACCACCUCCUUAUGAUGAUGUGGAAAUAUACAUGAGUGAGCGUUGGAGGAUUCCUUUUACUGAAACUCGAGUCCUCACACCCCUGCAGCUGGCAGAGCGCGGCAUCAACCGCCUGCUCCGAUCAAUGAAUGUUGACUUCAGCUUGAGAAACCCCACUGUGGGAAUGAUCUUUGGAACUGCACUCCUCCUGUUUCUGGCGGCGAUGGUUAUAAGGGAUGCUUCCCAUUAUGCGCCAUCCAAGGAGGAUAAGAUAGUUCACGUCCUGUUCUGUGCUUUGAUGGUUAUCAUUACUCCUAUCUAUAUCCUUUCAUGGAUUGUGGAAUGCAGGGACCAGAGAGAGAGGGAGAGAGAGCGGUUAAGGGUCGUGGCGAUGAUGAGGGAGAGGGAGACUGCAGAGACCGAGCUUCCUGCAUAGCAACAUCCGAGUCUGAAGAACAAAGCUUGCACCUGGGUUAUAUAUGGAAGCUAGUAGAAUAAAAAGACUAUAGUCUAUGUCUUGUGAUGAAUGUCCAGCUUUUAAAUUCCCUUUUAUUUUGAGUCCUUGUGUGGUUUGUCGUUCAGUAAAACUCUAUCUAUAUGAGAUGUAAAAUAUGUGUGUGGUUCCUAUUGUGGUCUAUGUAACUUGUGAAAACUCUGUCUCAGUUUGUGUGCCAAUUAAUAAAUGCUAUAUAUGGCUUUAAUUAA